GUGAAAAUGGCGGCCGGUCCGAUUGCGGAACGUAAUCAAGAUGCCACGAUAUAUGUUGGAGGUCUUGAUGACAAAGUCACGGAGUCGCUUAUGUGGGAACUGUUUGUACAAUCCGGACCGGUUGUUAACGUGCACAUGCCGAAGGAUAGAGUCACUCAAAUGCAUCAGGGAUAUGGAUUCGUUGAAUUCAUGGGGGAAGAGGAUGCAGACUAUGCUAUAAAAAUAAUGAAUAUGAUUAAGUUUUAUGGGAAACCAAUCCGUGUGAACAAAGCAAGUGCCCACCAAAAGAAUCUGGACGUUGGUGCGAACAUAUUCAUUGGCAACCUGGAUCCUGAGGUUGACGAGAAGUUAUUAUACGACACGUUCAGUGCAUUUGGAGUUAUACUUCAAACCCCAAAGAUAAUGAGAGACCCAGAGACAGGAAACUCCAAAGGUUUUGCAUUUAUAAAUUUUGCAUCCUUCGAUGCAUCCGAUGCGAGUAUAGAAGCAAUGAACGGACAGUACCUAUGCAACCGUCCUAUCUCAGUGUCAUAUGCCUUCAAGAGAGAUGCCAAGGGAGAGCGUCAUGGAAGCGCAGCAGAACGUUUGUUAGCUGCACAAAAUCCCUUGAGUCAAGCGGACCGCCCCCAUCAGCUGUUCGCUGAUGCUCCACCUUUGGCACCUCCACCUAUGCCGAACAGUAAUGCAGCGCCUCAUCAAUCAUCCCAUCAUGCACAACACCACGUAAUGCACCAUGGAAUGGUAGUUCCACCACCUCCACCUCCGGCUACACCAGUGGCACCGAUGGGUCAUCCUCCACCACCGCCAGUGCCUCCACCACCCACAGGAUUCCCUCCAUCAUCUAUACCUCCUCCGCCACUACCUCCCAUGUCGGUGCCUGCUCAUCCACCGCUACCACCAGGAAUGCCACCUCCGCUGCCUCCGAUGCCAGUUCCAACAUCUCAAGCUCAACAGACCAGUGGCAGGAUGAUGGCUCCUCCUCCUCCACAUUGGGGAGUCGGAGGACCGCAACAAGGACAAUUCCCACCACCACCUCCUCCAUCCUCAACCGGUGGUCCGAUGCCAUUUGGACAAUUCCAGCCACCUCCUCCGAGGCCUCCACCUGGAUGGAGGCAUCCUCCUCCUCCACCUGUCUCCCAGGGUGGACCUCCGCCACCACCUCCUCCCCAAUUUCGACCAUCCUUUCCUCCGAGAGGACCUCCUCCUCCACCUCCUCCUCACGAUGGAGCCCAAUACUAGUGUUUGACUACAAUAUUUGACCCGACCAUGCUCGGUUCGUCUACUGUUGUGUGCAUAAUUCCUACAAUUCAUUUUCUACGUGAGUAUUCUUUGUAAAUGAAACACUGAUAAUAAAUAGUAUAAUUAAUA